AUGGCAGUGCUUAGAACAGGACCAUUAAGGCCUCAGUCUGUCAGAAGAUUAGCAGCAGAGUACAUGCAACUGAAGAAUGACCCAGACAGCAGCUGGUUUAAGAUAGACCCCGAGCCCGCAGACUUUACCCCUUUCUCCGAUGGAAACAUUGAGUACGUUCGCAAAUGGGAAAUAACCAUCUUCGGAUUCAAAGACACAAUCUACGAAGGAUACACUCUCAAAGCAGAUAUUUAUUUUCCCUCAGACUACCCCCUCUCCCCUCCCAGAGUCAUGUUUACCACGAAGAUGUACCAUCCGAACAUAUACAGCGACGGAAGAGUGUGCAUCUCCAUUCUGCACACAGCGCAAACAGACCCGCACUCUGACGAGCUAGACACAGAGCAGUGGACACCCGUGCUCUCUGUUAGAACAAUCCUCCUCUCCAUUAUGCUUCUGCUUAAUGAGCCAAACCCAGACUCACCCGCCAACUUGGACGCAUCUUUGCACUUCAGAAGAGACAGAAAAGACUACGAAGAGUACGUUAAAUUAAAAAUACUGAUAACAUAUCCGAAUUCAGAAGGUAUAAAUUAG